UAGGUGUGUGCCUAGAUUAACGUAUUUUUCUGUGCUCUCGAAAAUAAUUGUAUUUUUAAUAUUUAAAGUGUUUAAUAAGUGUGAAUUUAUGGCUGAGUAAGAUCUGUACCUACCAGCAACAUAUUUCCUUAAGUUAUUUCAUAAAACUAUUCACAACUUUCAAAUAUUAAUCAACCACUAACUCACAAUGGACUCUAUCAAGCAAUCACUGACAGAGAUGACUGAAUUAUUCACCUCAAAGAUGGCAGAGUUUGAAAAAAACCUACAUGGAGCAGCACCAACUUCACCUAAUUCAAAUGUUGUGUCUUCUGAAUUUUAUGAAUUCCGUUCUUUUGUGAUGACCUCGCUGAAGACUUUGCACGCACAAGUUGAGUUACUUUUUAAAAUAUCCGACCAGCAGGAAACUCGAUCUCGCCGCAAAAUGCUACUUGUGCAUGGAGUUACUGAGGAGAGAAAAGAAGAUACCGCUGCACUGGUCGCUAAAGUGCUCGCUGACCGGCUUCAAAAACCUGAUGUUGUACCCGAAAGCUUUAGUCGCUGUCAUCGUUUGGGUCGUGGCAAUACCGAUAAGCCCCGGCCUAUUGUAGUCAAAUUUAAAAGUCUGCCAAUGAGGGAUCAUGUUUGGUUCUCUAAAACUUGCUUCAAGAACACGGGUAUUACCAUCUCUGAGUAUCUCACAAAAGCCAGGCAUGACACUUUUAUGGCUGCACGCAAGAAGUUUGGUAUUCCAAGGUGUUGGACGCUUGAGGGGAGUAUUAUCAUCCGGACCUCUGAUGGAGUUCGCCACAGAGUUGUUUCAUCCGAGGACCUUGAUCUUAUCGCUUGUGAUAGCACUGAGCUAUCUGCUGCUACAUCCAACAACACUAAAGAUACCAAGGGGACAACCGGCUCUCGAACGAGGCGUCCUAAAAAGUAAAAGUAAAUUUCAAAUCUAUGAGGUUAUACCACCCAUUAGGUACUUAUUAUAUUUCUUUUUAAUUUCACUCUUGCUUCUUUUGUUCAUGAUCUGUUUAUUUCGUUCACUUCAUAAUUAUUUUAUCUGUGGUAUUUUACCUCUUAGCUUUUUACCCUCUUUACCUAUUAUGUAAUUACUUUCAUGUUUACUUUUGUAUCUCUC